AAGAAUCCUGGACUGAACCACCUGUAAGAUUGUCUGCACAGAGAGAAGGCAAAGCCAGGCUCACACAUCAUUGAGGAGGAGGUGGAUUAGGGAGAAUGUGGGUGUGUUAGCAUGUGAGAAAGCGACAGCAGGCAAAGGGAGGGUGAGAGUAAGCCUGGAGAAAUAUAAAAGAGACCGAAUUCAGCACAGCACGGUGGGCUCAUUCCAUCACCAGCUCGACCAUGUUGCCGCAGACCGUCUCCUUGCUCUUCUUCACUGUCUUUCUCAUCGGAUCUCUGGAAGGAAAAGGAGUUCAGAUGCAGCGGGAUGUUCAGUGUUGUAUGCAGUACUCGCAGGGAAAAAUACGGACCAAAGACGUUCUAAAGUACGAGGUGCAGACAGCGGGGCCAGACUGCAGCAUACGAGCUAUUAUAGUGUACACUAAGAGGGUGGUGAAAUGUGCCGACCCCCGAGACCGAAAAGUCCAGCGGUUACUGAAGAAACUGGCCAAGAGACAUAGCGCCCAGAAGAACAUGUGGCUUCAUCCGAGUAAGAACCUGCCUGCAGUGUCAGAGGAAAUGUAUUGGAGUCAUGAACAGAUCCAGUAAACAAUGAGGAGAAUAAAUUUACAGACCAUAUAUGACCAACCACGCUAUCACACCAGAAUAGUAAUAUUUAAAUCCCUUUCUAAACUGACUGUUAAUCUAUAUAUGCCAAAGUAUUUAAGUAUUAUUUUUAACUCUAUAAACUGUAUGUUUUACUGUAUGUGUAUAUUAUUAGUAUUACAAGUUAUUAUAUAGAGUUAAAGUGACAUGACUGUUCUUGAUCAGUAGUAAGACUGCAGAUUCUACUGUAUAUGUCAUGUACAUUUUUAUAUAAAAAAUUCCCACAAAC